AUGGUCAAUCGUCAAGAACUAUUGUUUCGGGCAGAUAUCUGCUUCGAGUUGGUGGAGCGAGAACAUGCCGGAGAUGACAGAGAACCGAAGAUAUACUUAUGUCCAAAACCGAAGCAAGUAUCCGAAAGCAUAUCUGAAGAUUGUUUAUCAGCUGCAAAGCUUCUUGUGGAACAGAAUGAUGUAGUCUCGAGUUGGCUUUGUGAUACAACAGGCUCGCUCACAUAUUUUGGUCACUAUAUCAAUAUCGUUUGCGAUAGAGGCGGCGAAAUUACUCUUGAAAAAUACAUCAGGGACCUCGACCCCGUCCAUUUCGACUUCCCUUCUGGACCUUCAUCCCCACCCCCGCCACCAACAAAAGAUUUAAGGAGGAAAAAGGCUCUUGGGGCCUAUGAAGGAAACACUCCGGAACCAACAACCCCACUUUCCCUUAGUUUGGAAGAGAAUAUCGAUGAUGGAACCAGCCAGCAAUCUUGCUCCCCUCAGCUAGAACCCACCACGGUCGUACGGCGAAAACCUCGGUACAUGGUGGCAUCUGCUUCUUCAUACAUUCCGGAGCGAAUUAAACAAUAUCUAUCACAACGCUUCCUUCCCCGGUCGGUUACAACUCGUCCGCCAUCAACCUCAUCGAGUGCCGAGUGGUACUUGCCGCUUCCAUCCACGUUGCAACCGCUACGAUCUAAUUCUCUAUCCCUCAGUCAGACCGUCAAAACAAGGGUGAAAAAAGUCAUCCGUGGUACCGAGCACCGACAAACAUAA